UGUGGCUAGCGCAGGGGUGCGGCCAGACUGGGGCACAGGCAUCAUCCCUACGGGCGCGCUGGUUCUAGCGGCGGUGACGCAGUUCCGGCGCGCCGGUUCUAGCAGCGGCGGGAGCGGGAGCUGAAGAUUGUCUUCCCUGUCGAAGUCUGGCGACUAGGAGGACGUACGGGCUAGACUCUGGAGCUCGGACUGCUCUCUUCCACUCCACACUCCUCGAGUCCGCAAGAUCCUGGGCUGCAGCCUCUGCGGGCCGUCCCCUCUUGGAGACGCCAAGGAGUGCAAAGCCACAACGUGAAGUGAAGGCCGGGUGAAGUGUUUUCUCAAGCACUGGGGGCCUGGAGCUGAGCAGGGGUGGGCAUGGCCAGCAUUACCCAGCUCUUCGAUGACCUGUGUGAGGCCCUCCUGCCUGCUGCCAAGACUCACCUGGGCCAGCGCAGUGUGAACCGGCAGAGGGCAAAGCAGAGUCUCAAGAAGGUGGCCUACAAUGCUCUUUUCACAAAUCUUUUUCAAGAUGAGAUGCGUCAGCUGCAGUCUGACCUGUCAAAACUCCCAGUGAGAAACAAGAUCCUCAUGUUGUCCUUUGACUUGAGAGUGGGUGGCCUGGGCCCGGAGGCAGACCGUUUGGAGGAGCUUGUGGAGGAGCUUGAAGCAGCCCCUUGCUGUCCACUUGUGGAGGUGGGGUCUAUUUUGGACCUCCUGGUUCAGCUGGCAGGGAGUGGUCCCCCUCAAGUAGUGCAAAGAAAACGGGGCUACUUCCUUAACAACAAGCGUGUGGGGAGAAAUGUUCCAUAUGGCGGCUACGAUUGCUAUGAUGUCAGUGCAUUUGAGUUGGACAUUCAGUCUCUGAUCUCCAGAGAGGAAUCUUUGUGUCUUAGCAUGAUCCAGGAAACACUUCAGGUUAUGGAGGCUGCCCCAGGCACUGGCUUACCCACUGUUGGGCUCUUCUCAUUUGGUGACCCUUGUAGUGACAAAUUUGAAAGAGACACCCGGGUCUCACUCUUUGGUGCCCUUGUGCACAGCCGAACUUACGACUUGGAUGUCCGACUCGACCUGCCCCCGGUGCCAGAUAGUGCAGAUCUUUCUGGACUGGCCAUUAAGGUUCCUCAGAGUGUGGAUCAGUGGGAGGAUGAAGGGUUCCAGUCAGCGUCUAAUUUGACACCUGAUUCCCAGUCUGAACCCAGCGUAACCCCAGACGUGGACUUGUGGGAAGCUGCACUUACCUAUGAGCCCAGCAAGCGGAGAUGCUGGGAGCGAGUUGGAUGCCUCCCUGGCCACAGAGAAGAGCCCUACCUCACAGAGGCAGGAAGGGACACUUUUGACCGGUUCUGCAGACUCCGCCAAGGGGAGCUACAGGUUCUCAGUGGGGGCCUCUUGCAGGCCCCACACCCUGUGCUGGUGAAGGAGUGUGAACUGGUGAAGGAUGCACUGAAUGUCCUGAUUGGGGUCGUAUCCACCACAUUUUCCCUCUGCCAGCUGGCCCAGGCUUUCACAGUGAAGUGUGGUGUCCACGUGUCAGGAGCGUCUCCUGAGAGCAUCAGCAGCCUUCUCUCAGAGGUGGCCGAAUAUGGGACCUACUACACACGCCUGAGUCAUUUCUCUCUGCAGCCCGUCCUAGAUGCUUCAUAUAGCAAGGGUCUUGUGUUCCAGGCCUUCACCAGUGGCCUAAGGAGGUACCUGCAGUACUACCGGGCCUGUGUUCUCUCCACACCUCCCACCCUGAGCCUCCUCACCAUUGGCUUUCUGUUCAAGAAAUUGGGCCGGCAGCUCAGGUACCUGGCUGAGCUUUGUGGCGUGGGCAUUGCGCUCCCAGGAGCCAGUGGAGGAGGGCCCAGGGCUGCGUUCCCCACUGGAGUGAAACUGCUGUCUUACCUCUACCAGGAGGCUCUGGGUAACUGCAGCAACGAGCAUUACCCUGUGCUACUGUCCUUGCUGAAGACUAGCUGUGAGCCCUACACGCGGUUCAUCCAUGACUGGGUGUACAGUGGGGUCUUCAGAGAUGUUUACGGCGAGUUCAUGAUUCAGGUGAACCACGAGUACCUGGGCUGCAGAGAUAAGCUCUACUGGACCCACGGCUAUGUGCUCAUUUCCAAAGACGUAGAGGACUGCGUGCCUGUGUUCCUGAAGCAUAUCGCCUAUGAUGUGUAUGUCUGUGGCAAGACCAUCAACCUGCUCAGGCUCUGCCAUCCCCGGCAUUAUCUCUGUUGGUCCGACGUCCCUGUGCCUCGCAUCUCAGUAAUUUUCUCCCUUGAGGAGUUGAAGGAGAUUGAGAAGGACUGUGCUGUCUAUGUUGGGCGGAUGGCAAGGGUGGCUCGCCACAGCUCUAUCAGCAAAGAAGAGAAGGAAUUACGUAUGGAAAUUGCAAAACAAGAAUUAAUUGUCCAUGCCCGGGAAGCAGCAUCCAGGGUCCUGAGUGAGCUGAGUGAUAGGCAGAUGUUGGAGCAGAUGGCUUUGGAUGCCCGGAAGCGAGAACAGUUUCAGAGGCUGAAAGAACAGUUUGUGAAGGACCAGGAGCGACGCCUGGCAGCCAGACAGGAGGAGUUGGAUGAUGACUUCAGCUAUGCCCGUGAGCUCCGAGACAGGGAGAGAAGGCUGAGAUCCCUGAAAGAGGAGCUAGAGAGGAAGGCGAGGCAGGCCCUGGUCGACCAUUACAGCAAGUUGUCCGCAGAAGCAGCUCGGCGGGAGCAGAGGGCGCUGUGGAGAGUCCAGAGGCACCGACUAGAAAGUGCACGGCUUCGUUUUCUCUCAGAAGAUCAGAGAUGCAUCCAGCAUGAAUUUCAGGGGGUACUAGAAGACGUGUUGGAGGGUCACAGGCCUCAGGAACCGCUACCGCUUGCUGUCCUCCAGAGUGCAUGCUCCCAGGCUACAUCUCUGGGUCCUGAGCACCCAGACAGAGGCCAAGGCUGUGAUUCCAGGCCCAGAAAGCGGCACUUGGGCACCUGGGACUGUGUCCAUAGGCUGAGUGCACCAGUGUCACCAUCCCUGGAGGCUACGGCAAUGGGGACUUGCGAGGGGCUCCAGCCAGGGGACAAGGCUGGGCCCUUCUCUGCUGGCCUCAGUGUUGGAGACUUCCUGCCCAUGCGCCUGGAGGCCGAGCAGCCUGUGCAGACCAGUGAGGCCCCCCUGCUGGAGGAAGUGCUGCAGACCAUCUGUCCAGAUCUGCCCUCUGCAGCUCUUGGGGAGACACCUGCAGCAGCCAGCACUCAGUCCUGUGAGCUGCAGGAGUAUGAUUUUAGUACCAUCCUGAGGCCAGCUGUGGCCACUUCUCCAGGGACUUUCCAGGCUAUAGAGGGCAGCUUGAGCAGCUCAGGGCAACAGAUGUGGGGGGACACUGGCAUGAAGCUGGGUGCAUGUGUCCCUGACACACAGGUGGCUCUGCCUCAGUCAUACCCACACAGCAGUGUCACUUCUGAGGAGGGGAGCAGCCACUCCACAGAGCAGCCCCUUGGACACAUGUCAGGGAAUGACGUUCCCACAGAAGGCUGUGUUCAUGGAAUGGCCCCCUCUCGGCCACAGUGGAAACUCCAUCGUCAUGUGUCAGAUGCUAGCAUCAGGGUUGGGGAGAACGUGUCAGAUGUAGCCCCCUCUAGACUGCGGUGGAACCUCCACGGGCACGUAUCAGAUGCCAGCAUCAGGGUCGGGGAGAAUGUGUCAGAUGUGGCCCCUUCUCGGCCACGGUGGAACCUCCACGGGCAUGUGUCAGACGCCAGCAUCAGGGUCGGGGAGAAUGUGUCAGAUGUGGCCCCUUCCCGGCCACGGUGGAACCUCCACGGGCAUGUGUCAGAUGCCAGCAUCAGGGUCGGGGAAAAUGUGUCAGAUGUGGCCCCUUCCCGGCCACGGUGGAACCUCCACGGGCAUGUGUCAGAUGCCAGCAUCAGGGUGGGGGAAAAUGUGUCAGACAUGGCCCCCACCCGGCCAUGGUGGAACACUCGUGGACACAUCUCUCAGUUCCCCAUGAUGCUGGGGACACUGUCGUCAGAAGCUGAGCCAAACAAGUCUGGAACCCCCCAGGCCUCCGCUGGCCAGGUGUCCUUGGCAGGCCUCAGUCCUGGAGCACAGAGCCUAGCCCUGGAGAGUGGGCCACAGUCCCCUGUGGAAACGGUGCUCUCAGCGUACUCCUCUGCCUCUGGCAGUGAGGAAGAGAGCAGCCUCCAGACCUCACCAUCAGCUGUGGCCAGACCUCAUACUCUGGGAGAUGGUGUCCACGAGGAGCCAGGCCCAGGGAGGAGUGGAGACACUGAGGACCUCUCUGCAAGUUGGCCUCUGAACCCACAGGAAGACGCAGCUGCCCAGAGCAGCCCAGGCUCUGGCAAGGAAGCGGUGGAGGCCCGGCGCUGGGGCCAGGAGCAGACCUACCUGAAAGGCCUGGCCACGCAGUAUCCUCUGGAGCGGUAUCCGGACAGCUACGAGGCCAUGUCGGAGCCACCUGCUGCUCACCUGCUACACCACGCGCUUCCUCGGGCCUUCGCCUUCCCUGUGGACCCUGAGGUCCAGUCAGCCGCGGACGAGACUGCAGUGCAGCUGAGUGAGCUGCUGACGCUCCCUGUGCUCAUGAAGCGUUCGAUCACCGCCCCGCUGGCCGCCCACAUCUCCCUAGUGAACAAGGCUGCUGUCGACUACUUCUUCGUGGAGCUGCACCUCGAGGCGCACUGCGAAGCGUUGCGGCACUUCCUGCUGAUGGAGGACGGCGAAUUUGGCCAGUCACUCAGUGACCUGCUCUUCGAGAAACUUGGGGCUGGGCUGACGCCUGGGGAGCUGCUCAGCCCGCUGGCCCUCAACUCAGUCCUGAGCAAGGCCCUGCAGUUCAGCCUCCAUGGGGACUCUCCGCACGCUGCCAACCUCUCCUUUGCUCUCAAGUACCUGCCUGAAGCGUUUGCGCCCAACGCCCCGGACGUGCUGAGCUGCCUGGAGCUCAGGUACAAGGUGGACUGGCCCCUCAACAUGGUCAUCACCGAGAGCUGCCUGAGCAAGUACAGCGGCAUCUUCUCCUUCCUGCUGCAGCUGAAGCUCAUGAUGUGGACGCUGAAGGACGUCUGCUUCCACCUCAAGCGCUCAGCCCUGGUGAGCCGGGUGGCCAGCUCCGUGCAGUUUCGCCAGCUGCAGUUGUUCAAGCACGAGAUGCAACACUUUGUGAAGGUCACCCAGGGCUACAUUGCCAACCAGAUCCUGCACGUCACCUGGUGUGAGUUCAGGGCCAGGCUGGCCGAGGUGGGCGACCUGGAGGAGAUUCAGCGAGCCCAUGCUGAGUACCUGCACAAGGCCGUCUUUAGGGGCCUGCUAACCGAGAAGGCGGCACCGGUCAUGAACAUCAUCCACAGCAUCUUCAGCCUCGUGCUCAAGUUCCGCAGUCAGCUUAUUGCCCAGGCCUGGGGCCCGGCCAGUGGCCCUCAGGGUGCUGAACACCCCAACUUUGCCCUCAUGCAGCAGUCCUAUAGCACCUUCAAGUACUACUCCCACUUCCUGUUCAAAGUGGUGACCAAGCUGGUGAACCGUGGCUACCAGCCCCAUCUAGAAGACUUCCUGCUGCGCAUCAACUUCAACAACUACUACCAGGAUGCCCGAGGGCCUCCCAUGCAGGGGACGUGUGGGAAAUAAAGGUGCCUCAGCCUAUCAUUA